AAUCAACAAUAACGGACCUAUUCACAAUCACAUCAGCUCUGAGGCAGUGAGAAACAGAAUUCAUCUGGAACUAGAGCAGGAUGAAGACUUUCACUGUGGCCGUGUUCCUGCUUCACAUCAAGUUGAGUCUGGGGACAGAAUGUAGGGGCAUCUCAACAUCGCCCAAUUUAACAGUGACCAGUUCUGGUCAGCUGGUCUGGUCUAGGAUACGGAUUUCUCAGUCAUCCUUGUCACUAGAAAACUGUGGAAUAUCACGUAUUGUUAACAUUACCACCAGUGAACGUUUGCAGGAACUGAACCUUGGGAAAAACAAACUGGAGGAAAUUCCACAAGAGUUUCUUAAAAACUUUCCAAAUUUAAGGCAUCUGAUUCUAAUUGAUAACCCUUUAGAAAACAUCCCUCUCAGUUUUAUCAGGAAAAUGAACAUCAGCUUUAGUUGUUCUUGCCGUGUGUUGAAAGAUAUGUUUAACAGUUGUAAUGAGUCCAAGAACUGCACAUCGAGUCUUCUAAAUUUGACGUGCACUGGACCAGAAACGGUUAAAUUGUUCACUUUGGACAAUUACUACAAAAAUGAGUGCUCAGAUUUAAUUCUUGUCUACAUCCUUGUUCCAAUCUUGCUUAUUGCUGUCAUUGCAAUCGUUGUCCUGGUGCUGGUGAAAUAUCGCUCACGAAUCAGCACUCACUUCCGGUCACCUCCAAGCAAGCGGAAGUCCGUGUGCUCGGCGGACUACGGGCAGCAGAGGUACGCAAGCACAGCCAACUGGAAAGACGCGGCAGGAGGCUCGAGUGGAGCUGCCUCUGGAACACCUCAGGACUAUGAGAACGUCUUCAUGGGGGACUCGGACAGGGCAAGGAGCCAUCAGAACCCUGACAACACAUACUAUCUGGAGAGUGAUGCUGCCUGUGAAAUUUACCAAAACGAGCAGCCUGUCUAUUGUAAUUACACCGGGCCGGCUGAUAAAGUGGAGGAUGACAUCUACAUAGUACCUGACCAUUAGGUACAAUACUGGGAAUCCCCAAAAGAUUGCCAAGCGGACAUUUUAUCCCAUUUCCCUCUUAGAAUGGUCUUCAAAGCUUCUCACUUUCAAGAUCCUGGACUGCAAGCAGGAACCACCCUACUAGAGCACCUGGAACUCAGUAUGAAAAUCCGGAGCUUAACCUGAACAAGUGUAACUCAACAAAACCAUCAGUAUCACAAUCUAAACUCUGCUUUUCUAGGCAACGUUCGACCUUAACAUAUGUGGACCACAAAGGAAAAUCGGGAAGCUCAUAAAACAGCAGAAAUCCACCCAAUAUCCAACAGAAGAUUGAGAACUCGAACAAGCAUUAGGACCCUUCCAGGAUUAUGUUGAAACCAAUUAGCUAAGUGUUCGUUGUAUUGUUGAUCUUUUUUUUUCAUGGCAAGUUCAGCAAGAGGAGGUUAUGGUUAGGAGCAGAAUGCUGAGAUCAUGCUUCAAUUGCUUACGUGACAGUUUGACACAAUCAGUAUGACUGAGAUUUAGGAUUGGGAUGGAGAGGAGAUCGGGGAGUCAGAGAACUGCAGGAAUCAGCAAGGACAUCAAGAACUAGUUUACAGGAGCGGGAACUGCCAGUCAGUAAACGUUUAGGUAUUAAAGUCCAAGUUAUUCAGUAAAGAAGGAACUAGUCAGAGGAACUAAGAGAAGCUGACUAACGAGAGGAAUAUAGUCAGAAGGUUCGUUAUUUGUUCAGUGCGUUCUGGCAGAUUUGGCACUAUGCCAGGAGUACACUAUCUAUGCACUGGGUCUACACUGAAAGCACAGUUGAAGUAUAAUUGAAGCAUCCCAGACAGAGCAGAGACAAUCUGACAUCACAGUGGGAACAUACUGGGAUGGCACUGGUACAUGGACAUUUGGAGCAAAUCGAACUUACCUGAAUGAAUCAACAAUCAAGGGCAGUUUGGACUAAACCUGCCACAUAGAUCUGGGUCCUAUGAGACCCAGGUUGAGUAGACAUUGCAGGGUCCACACAGCAAUAUCUUAGUUUGCUGCUUAUCAUGGUUUAGACAGAGCCCAAGGCUCUUGUGACAUAAUUGCAUCCAUGAGCAAAUGAUCUUAUCCACUUUGAUUUCAGUGAGAAGCAGCACGUUGGACACUGGAAGCUGUCGGCAUUUCUGGCUUCCUGCAUGGACUGAGAGCCAUGACAUGCACUCAUGUGCAAUCAGGGAUCCGAGACCAUUUCCCCUCCCUCUCGCUAUCCAGCCGCUGGUGGGUCAGCAGAGAAAGUUCCUGAUAGUGAGUGCCGCUGUUUCCGGGGAGACUGCAGGGACGCUGAGCUUUUGGGACAUUUUUCCACGGAUGGUGCUGCUCAGCUGGGGGCAGGGGUGACCCUCUACUAGCCUGGCUCCUCCUCCCGCAGCAGCUGGAUGCCCAUAACGCGGGAGCCACAUGUCAGAAUCGCCGUGGAAAUUCCGUUGCCUGCAUCAGUCCAAGGGCAGCCGGCAGCGAACACACCAGCAGACACGGAGGAUGUGUUCAAAAUGCAGCACAACCUGAAGCUGUGGACAGAAUAUCAACUGAGGGCUCAAGUCCUGAGGGACAGACUAAAGACUCUAUGAGCAAGAGAUGUGGCAGGAAGGGAAAGGCUGCUGUGAGGAAGACAAAGGCAGAGCAGAGGAAAGAGACGUUGACUGCAUAAGUUACUAGGACUUCCUGACUGAGAGAUACUUUUCAAAGGAGUCUCCUAAAUCAUUGUUCUCAAUGCAGAGAACUAUCAUCUCUGCACUCCAGACUUUGACAUCAACAGGUUCACCUGUAAUUAACUAGGAGAGGACAAGAAUUGCUCACAACCUCUUUUGCGCAUCCCCCUGCUCUGAUCAGAACAUAGCAGCAGAUGAAUUGCUGGUCCAGUUACCGAAACAUCAUGCUACAACUGUUGCCGUAUAUCAUCCGUACGUUGUGAGGACAUGGAAUUUAUCACUGUGUUGACCAAAUGAGUGAUGAUUCUCACACCUAGAGGAGAGAGCUGGCACCAGCUCUGACUGGACUCGAUAUGAUGGUCGUAGUGGGUCUCCUGGCUUCCCAGUGCAGAGCACCUUCCUCCUGCCAUGUAGAGCGAAAUAGGAACAGAAGUAGAUCCUUUCAGCUUUCUCCAAAACUCUUUACAAUCAAAACUAAUCCUUUAAUUCUGUGCCAUAUUCCUGCUUUCUCCCAUUCCCUUUAAUAUUUUUUACGUUUAGAUAAACAUAAAUAAAUACUUAAUGAUAUACUGUAUGUUUAGAUAACUUCAUAAAUAUACUUGGUUUCCACAGACUUCUGAGACAGAGAAUUCCACAGAUUCAUCAUCCUCUGAGAGGAGAAUUUCUUCAUCAUCUAAGCCCAUAUCUAAUUCCAUAUCCUACCCCCUGAUUAAAGUACUCCACUAGCUAGGAGAAACAUCUUCCCUGUAUCCAGUCUGUUGAGCCUUGACAUGCCUUUGUAUGUUUUAAUUAAAUCUCCCCUCAUUCGUCCCGGCUCUAGUGAAUUGACCCAAUCUGCUGUAUCUUGCGGACUAGAACUUCCAUGCCUCCUUGAGUGAAUCUGGGCAUUCUCUGUCUCCUUGCAGUUUCCGUCUCUGCUCCGCAGCCCUGGUGCGGCAGUCUGGAUGUCACAGAGUGUGCCUUUAACAGCCAACACCUUUCUUGGAUUGGUGUUUGCGAAUUUUCAGAAUUUAUCUUUAGCUGAUUGUGAUGCCUUCAGAAUGCUGAUCUGAGGCUCGUUACUAAGUGUAAUUAUCUUAAUAUUUUUCAAAUGCUUUUUGACAAAUUUUACAGCAUUUUGGGGGAUAUGAUUGUAUUAUUCACAGCACAAGUUUAACACAUCAUAAAGAGUGAAAUGUAGUUUCUAGACACAUAUGUGUAAAAUAUAAUUGAUGUAAUUGUAUUUGUGACUCUUGGAAAAUACCUUCAUGAUUGACCUAAAUGCCACAGGGGAUUGAAUAAACUGCUUUUACAAAGCCAAGUGAUACAGCUUUGUAUGAACUGUGAGUGUACA